AUGAAAAGUCUCGUGGCGGUGCUUGUUGGUUGGGUAGGGAUGGUGCAGGCGGUGAAUCUCCGGCCAAAUUUGGGCAUCCUCUCAACAGGCGGUCCGUACGCAACUAUCGUCGAUGUACAUAAGGGGACAGCUUGCCUGCUAGACGAGUCUCGUGCUGGAAGCGAGCCAGUCCCGCCGACGUGCGGUUGCUCGUUUAGCCGCUUGGCAUCCAUGAAAGAGAAGUGCGCCGCACUGUCUUCGACUGCUACGUCACAGGAAGCUGAGGAAUGCGCCAGCAUCCCUUGCGAGAUUUGCUGUGUUAUGAGGAGAGCCGCUAUCCCAAUUGCUGGAGAGGACCGUACUCAUCUGGAGUGCAAGAAAAAGUGUCCUUCCUCGGAAGAAAUUCUACCAGUAACAGAGGAUGUGUCUAUUCCGGUGCUUCGAGCUGCAAUGGAUCUUACUGACGUUUUCUACGCCCCAAGUGAAGUGCAACCCGCAAGAGUUGCAGCUCCCUCAACUCCGCAAGUAUAUCCUGUUGUUCCCCCAUCACCCGUUGUGGUGACGCGUCCUUCCUCCACGGAAGCAACCUACCCGAUGCUCGCUCUUCCAUCCGAAGAAGACCUGGCGACUGUUGAACCAAUAUCGCCUCAGCAGCUAGACUCAAUAUCCAGGGCAAAUAAUGCUGCCAUCGAACAGACGCCAUAGGCAGAAGAGGCAUAACUGCAACUGAAGCUCAAAGUUGUGGUGCAGCCAGACUUUCUGGUGUGUCUUGCUACAUUCAUUUACUGCGCAGCUGGAGAUCGUUCGGGAAUUUCGCGAUGCAUUUUGUAGGGGUGUCCUCCUGUAUAUGAAGGAAGCAAUGACGCUACAGUGCAGACGGGUUUUCGUCGUGUGGAACCGGAAUGUGUUGGUAUCGUUUGGCAGAAACUAUGAUGUGAUCUU